GAUCCACAGGUUCGAAAAACCUGUUUUCCCUCUCUUGUUAUACUUUUCUGAAUCCUUUUCCUUCGGCGGCGACAGUCCUUCCUCUACACGGAUUCAAACACACCUGCCACACACAUCCUGCUGAAAUCAUUUAAUUCCCUCCGAUUUUUCACGAUUACACGCCAUCUUUUUAUGUUUAUUGAUCAAAAAGGACUGAAAAGUUAGCCUUCACUGAAUAUUUUCCCUCGAAUAUAGUUCGUUAAGAACAAGUCAUUGUGCUUCUGCUCAGGUUGUAACGGAUGAAACGAUGGUGGAAUCCUGUCCUGCUGAGGACCCCUCGAUCUCAUGUUGCGGUCCUCACGUCUUCACAUCCGUCCUCUUGGGCGUUCUCGCAUGUGUCCUCAUGACAGGAGGAGUCUUCCUGGCAUUCCAUCGAUGGGAUCCCCUCUGGCUGAUCGUCUCAGGGGUCGGAGUUAUUCUGGUGCUCAUUGGUUCCAUCCUCCACUGUUGCCGUCCAUCAGGAGGAGGUGGCACCAAAGGAUGCUGUCCACCCGAUCACCAUCUCCACCACAACCACCUCCUCCUCAAUGGUGGAAGUCUCACAGAACAGUUAUUACCUCUCAGUAAUGCCAGAUCAGUGAGUCAGUUGUCCCUGAAUAUGCUGCCAGGAUAUUUUCCUCCGAUGGUGACAACAUACGGAAUCGAGCAGCAUUCGGCUGUUGUGCAGAACAUUAAUCGACAGCAGCAACCUGGAAAGAACUUAAUUCUUUUAUCUCUACCUGGAAAUACUCCACAGGCCAAUAUACAGAAUCUUGUAGCUACAGUCUAUCAGUUGGAUGGAAGUGUGCUGGCAGAAACUUCCAAUUCUUCAACGGAUCCACCAGCCACGACGCCUCCAGUUAGUUCCUCAGCAGUUCAGAGCAACAUUCCAGUUUUAAAGAAUGCCGAAGUUCAAACUUGUGUGGCUUGGCCAGUGCCAAAUGCUGCCAUAAACAAUGCCUCGCCCAGCACAAGUAACGACUGUUCCCCUAUCAGUACUCAAACGGACGAUGUUGCCAUUAAUUUAAUGGACUGUUUACCCGAUGAUCCAAUCUGUGAUACCUCAUUUGCAUCCAACGAAUCACCCGCGAUAUUAGUGGACAUUUCUGAGGAUAGUGAACCCGAAUCAAUAACCAACAACAUCCCAGAUACCACCAGUCUUUCGUAUACACAACUCCCAAUAGAACCCUCAGAAGUGCUGGUUGCUGAAAUGUUGACAUCAUCUAACAGCCUGCAAACAGCAGCUGCUGAAAAUGUUGAAGAAUCACCUCCUACCAUUCAUCGAACGACGGACUCGCCUCCUGUACCUGUCGUAGAAUCAACGGAUGUCGUGCAGAACAAUCUUUCAUCUUCUCUCGUUGAUGUGGUACAGAACGAUCUUUCAUCUUCUCUCGUUGAUGUCAUACAGAACGACAAUUCAUCUUCUCUCGUUGAUGUCGAUUCCUUAGGUAGAUCAUCCCCACCUCCUAGCUAUGAGGAUGUUCAGGGUGAGACUUCAGUGGGUGGUGUGUUUGGUUUAGCGUAUGGAACGCUGUAAAUCUUGUUUCUGUCAGUGUUAAUUUAAAAUUAAGGUGCAAUGUUAUAUUAAAUUUUUUUUAUUUAAA